GUCACGAGCUCGGCGCCAACCGAGCGGUAUAAAGGGGCGAACAAUCGGGGUUGGAACUGUAGAGGUGCCCAACAUCUGACGACAUGAACCGAACACUCGUCAUCUGCAGCGUGCUGGUCGCGAUGGUGGCCGUGUUGGCGCUGGCCGCGCCCGCCGACAACAAUAAGUGGACGAAGAUGCCCGGAAGCCCGACCGAGCGCCGGACCGUCAAGGACGGCAUCGGCCAGCAGAUCGACUGGACCACCAACACCCACACCGGCCACCAGACCAACGGCUACCUGGCCCUGGGACAGAACGCGCACGCGUCACCAGAGCGCGUUGCGGGGCAGCCCAGCACCGGCGGCCAGCCCUCCACCAGCCAGAAGAAGAAGAAGGGCAAGGGCAAGUAAGGUGCCUGCCAGAGUAUUAACACAUGAGCACUCUCUCCAAAUGUGCUAACCAAUAAAAACAACAAUUGGAUAUUGAAAAA